UUUGGGGGAGUCGGUGCCCGGCCCCCGGGCGAAGCCGCAGGUUAUUUUUACCCGGUGGCAUUUGCAGAAUGCGCAGCUGAUUUGCCAUCCUGAGCCAGGAAGUUUUUUUUCCCCCGUUUUCUUUUCAUUUUCUUUCCUCUCUUUGAAUCCGCUGCCGCGGCCGGGCGAGGCUCAGGCAGCGCCGGGCAGGGGGCGCACAGAGGGGCGCUAUAGGGGGCAAAGAGACUUCACCAAGUGAAGGGAACUCAUCAGACUCACGCUGUGUCCAUCAAGGACCUCCGGGGGAAAAAAGCUCCUGAUUCCCAUCCCGGCUGUGUAGGUUGGAAUGGACUUCGAGCCCAGUGACUUGUGGAUGCAAGGAUGAAGUGACUUUACAGCUACAAAAAAAGGCAAGAAACCAGGCCUUGAAAUCUCCGAAAGGUAGGAGAGACAUCCAGGCUGCAAUGGCUGAAAGAAGUAUAUGCACUGACGCAACCUCAGGAAAAUCCAAGAUGGCUGCCAAGCGCAAAGGCGGCCUGAAGCUAAAUGCAAUCUGUGCCAAGCUCAGCCGCCAGGUGGUCUUCGAUCAUGGGGGAUCGGAACAGGUGCAGUUGGACAAGGGUCCCCAGAGGGAAAGCGGCAACAAGGAACCGCCCCAGCCUGAGACCAAGGAGCUGGGGGCCAAGUUUUCUGAUGGACUUAACCGUGUUCAGAAGAUAGAGGAGGACAAGCGGAGGGAGGUGAUUGAGAAGUGGGUGAACGGGGAGUAUAAUGACGAGACCUUGCUGGGCCGAGCAGAGGGCAAGGAAUGUAAGGCCACCGAGAGCGUGGAGGUGCCCCCCGAAGGGGUUUACAUGGUACAGCCCAAGGGCUGCAGCGAUGAAGAAGAUAAUGGGGACGAUGCAGACGGCAGCUUCCCGGACGACAGGGAUUCGGAUGGGCCUGCCUCCAAGGAUGAAAGUUACCGACCUUCCAGCGGCCAGACGGGCUCCAAGCUGGCUGGAGGAGCUGCCUCAGGGGAAGCUUCAUCCCUGCGCGAUUAUGCCGCCACCACCAUGAACGAGUUCCUGGGCAUGUUUGGCUACAACGACCAGAACAUGCGGGAUGAGCUGACCCGCAAGAUCAGCUUCGACAAGCUGAACGCUGCUACCUCAGAGGCCUCCUCUGCCACUGCCUCUCUCCCUGGUGAGGACGCCAUGAGCAAGCGAGCCCGCUUCUCCAAGUACGAGGAGUAUAUCCGCAAGCUCAAGGCCGGCGAGCAGCUCUCCUGGCCCAUCCACCCGGCCAAGUCUGAGGACCUGAGCUCCAAGCUGGGCAAGGAAGCUUCAUCAGUGCUGACGCAGCCCAUCCGAGCACUGCCGGGGCCUGAUGCCACCCUGCUAACAGAGACCAAAGCCACCAUACUGCCCUUGCCCUCUCCGAGCAGCUCCCAGAUGCAAGGCCUGAUGUCGCGGGCCUCCAAGUACGACUUCUUCAUCCAGAAGCUGAAGACGGGUGAGAGCAUCAGGCCGCAGAAUGGUAACACCUACAAGAAGACCUCCAAGUAUGACCUGGAGAACGUGAAAUACUUGCAUCUCUUUAAGCCUGGCGAGGGCAGCCCAGAUAUGGGAGGGGCCAUUGCCUUUAAGACAGGCAAGGUGGGCCGGCCUUCCAAGUACGAUGUGAGGAACAUCCAGAAGCUCACUCCAGUCAAGGCUCCAACACCCAGCCUGGCCCCCAACCCUCUCGCCAGUACCCCCAGCAGUGCUCCAGUGGCUGGGCCCGAGCAGCCCGUCUCCUUGCCGUUCAACACCCCUGAGUACCUGAAGUCGACCUUCUCCAAGACGGACUCCAUCACGACCGGGACCGUCUCUACGGUCAAGAACGGAUUACCCACUGACAAACCAGCUGUCACCGAAGAUGUAAAUAUUUACCAGAAAUAUAUUGCCAGGUUCUCUGGGAGUCAGCACUGCGGACACAUACACUGUGCAUACCAGUACCGGGAACAUUACCACUGCCUCGAUCCGGAGUGCAACUAUCAGAGAUUCACUAGUAAACAGGAUGUGAUUCGGCAUUACAACAUGCACAAGAAACGUGAUAACUCCCUCCAGCACGGCUUCAUGCGCUUCAGCCCCUUGGAUGACUGCAGCGUGUACUACCAUGGCUGUCACCUGAAUGGGAAAAGCACACACUACCACUGCAUGCAGGUGGGCUGUAACAAGGUCUAUACCAGCACCUCUGAUGUGAUGACCCACGAAAACUUCCACAAGAAGAACACGCAGCUGAUCAACGAUGGGUUCCAGCGGUUCCGAGCCACAGAAGACUGUGGCACUGUGGACUGUCAGUUCUAUGGGCAGAAAACCACUCACUUCCACUGCAGGCGACCCGGGUGUACGUUCACUUUCAAGAACAAGUGCGACAUCGAGAAGCACAAGAGCUACCACAUCAAGGACGAUGCCUACGCCAAGGACGGCUUCAAGAAGUUCUACAAGUAUGAGGAGUGCAAGUACGAGGGCUGCGUCUAUAGCAAGGCCACCAACCACUUCCAUUGUAUUCGGGCGGGCUGUGGCUUCACCUUUACCUCCACCAGCCAGAUGACCUCCCACAAGCGCAAGCACGAACGCCGGCACAUCCGCAGCUCGGGGGUGUUGGGCCUCCCCACCUCCCUCUUGGGAGCCAAGGAUAACGAGCAGGAGGAGUCCAGCAACGAUGACCUCAUUGACUUCUCCGCCAUGAGCUCUAAGAACUCCAGCCUGAGUGCCUCCCCUACCAGUCAGCAGUCUUCCGUCUCCCUGAUCAUCCCGGCUGCGCCUUCUUCCGCUGCUGAGCUUGCCUCCUCUCAGGCCUGCAAGCCCACCAACAGCAUGCCACCGGCCACCAAGAUCUCUGGCCUGCUCUCCCAGGCCCUCCCCAGCAAUAUACCUUUGGCCCUGGCACUCGCCAACUCCGCACUUCCCGGAACGGCCAGCUCCUACUUCCCCAUCAUCCCCAGCCGGGUCUCCACGCCACAUCCCGCCAGCUCAGCCAAUCUAAUGACUGCUGGUUCCUCCAGCACCAAUCCAACAUCCUCUACUGCUGCCAAUUCCCCCUCCCAAGCCGUCUCAGGGUCCAGUGAGCCGACAGCCACCUCUUCCCCAGGUCCAGCAGCAUCCAUUAUGGAGAGGAUCUCCGCCAGCAAAGGAUUGAUCUCACCCAUGAUGGCCAGGCUGGCAGCGGCGGCCCUCAAGCCAUCCAUGGCGCUUGAAGCAGGGAACGGGCAACUGAUGACUCCCGGCCGGUUCAAUCCAGUUCAAAUGAAGCAGGAGUCCGUGGAGAGUGUGGUAUCCUCAUCCCCAGCAACCCAGGUUUCCUUGCAGGAGCACAGCCUGGACCUGAGCGUGAAAGAUCAUGGUAAUGAAUCAAAUGGCCACACAGUCUCAGCAAAUUCAUCUCUUUUAUCCUCGCUUAUGAAUAAGAUGAACCAGGCCAAUGUCAGCCUUGGCAGCCUGCCAAGCUUGAAGACAGAAGGAGAUGGCAACCAGGCAGGGGCUGGUGAGCCAACACAAUACCUGGGCAAAGCAGUGAAGGCGCUUGUUCAGGAGAAACUCUCUGAGCCCUGGAAGAUGUACUUGCGCAGGUUUGGUACCAAGGAUUUCUGUGACGCCCACUGCGACUUCCUCCAUAAAGUGCAUUUCCACUGCGUGGUGGAGGAAUGUGGUGCCCUCUUCAGCACCUUGGAUGGGGCCAUCAAACAUGCCAAUUUUCACUUCCGAACAGAGGGUGGAGCUGUGAAAGGAAACUCUGAGUCUCCCUUCCCAAGUGCUGCAGAGACCAAGACUUCCUUGGCCCCCUCAUCGCCAUCCACUACUUCCAUCACUAUGGCAAGCGCUCCCACCCUGGAUGUGCCCACUCCGAGCCCAGCGACUGUGCCCUCUGCCCCCACAUUGCUAGCUUGGAAGCAGCUGGCUUCCACCAUACCCCAGAUGCCUCAGAUCCCAGCACUGGUGCCUAACCUGGCAACUUCACCCUUGGCAACAACUUCCCUAGAGAACGCCAAGCCUCAGGUCAAACCCGGAUUCCUUCAGUUCCAGGAGAAUGACCCCUGUCUGGCGACGGACUGCAAGUAUGCCAACAAGUUCCACUUCCAUUGUCUGUUCGGGAACUGCAAGUACGUGUGCAAAACCUCUGGCAAAGCAGAGUCCCACUGCCUGGACCACAUCAACCCCAACAACAACCUGGUGAAUGUGCGAGACCAGUUUGCUUACUACUCGCUGCAGUGUCUCUGUCCAAACCAGCACUGUGAAUUCAGGAUGCGGGGACAUUACCAUUGUCUUCGGCCUGGCUGCUACUUUGUGACCAACAUCACCACCAAACUGCCCUGGCAUGUGAAGAAACAUGAGAAGGCAGAGCGAAGAGCAGCCAAUGGUUUCAAGUACUUCACCAAACGGGAAGAGUGCGGCAGGCUAGGUUGCAAGUAUAACCAGGUGAACAGCCAUUUCCACUGCAUUCGAGAGGGCUGCCAGUUUUCCUUCCUGCUCAAGCACCAAAUGACAUCCCAUGCCAGGAAGCACAUGAGGAGGAUGCUGGGGAAAAACUUUGACCGAGUUCCCACGCAGGUUAUUGGCCACACUUCAAGAAAUGAAAAUCUCCCCCAUGUUGGCAGCAUGGCACCCAGCCCAGCUUCAUCAGGAACCCCAGCUUCCUUUCAGGGACCCCAAAGCAUGAUGGACACUGAAACAGAUGAGUACAUGGAUUACACUGGCUGUAGCCCUGGAGGCAUCUCCUCUGAAUCCUCCAAUAUGGACCGCAGCUGCUCCAGCACUCCAGUGGGCAACGAAAGCACAUCAGCAGGCUGCCUGGUUCCUCCUCCUCCUCCUACUGCUGCCGCUGCCGAUGACGCUACCCACAAUGCACCACAACCUCAACCGCCUCCUCUGCCUCCAUCUUUCUCACAAGCCUUGCUCAGGUCUCCUCUCCCCUCCCUCCCCUACCUCUUCUCUCCAUCUUGUCUCUCAUACUCUCUGCUCAGUGCCACUCUUGGAUCCAGCAGGGGCAUUGUCAUGCCUGCCACCAGCACACCUGCUUUCUCGCCCAUCAUUGCCACUCCAACUCCAGUAAAAAGUGACGUUCCCCUAGUUCAGGAUGCAGCAGGGAACACCAUCACCAUGCCAACUGCCUCGGGGGCCAAAAAGCGCUUCUGGAUCAUCGAGGAUAUGUCUCCAUUUGGCAAGCGCCGCAAGACAGCCUCCUCGCGCAAGAUGCUGGAUGAGGGGAUGAUGCUGGAGGGUUUCCGGCGCUACGAUCUCUAUGAGGACUGCAAGGACACCAACUGCCAGUUCUCCCUCAAGGUCACCCACUACCACUGCACCCGGGAGAACUGUGGCUACAAGUUCUGCGGCCGCACCCACAUGUACAAGCACGCCCAGCACCACGACCGCGUCGACAACCUGGUGCUGGAUGACUUCAAGCGCUUCAAGUCCUCAUUGAGCUGCAACUUCCCCGACUGCCAGUUCUCUGGCAACAGCACGCACUUCCACUGCCUGCGCUGUGGCUUCCGCUGCACCGACAGCACCAAGGUGACCGCCCACCGCAAGCACCACGGCAAGCAGGACGUCAUCAGUGCUGCCGGCUUCUGCCAGUUCAGCUCCAGUGUGGACUGCGAGGUGCCCGACUGCAAGUACAAACUCAAGUGCUCCCACUUCCACUGCACCUACCCCGGCUGCAAACACACUGUGGUGGGCAUGUCACAGAUGGACUCACACAAGCGUAAGCAUGAGAAACAGGAGCGGGGGGAGCUGCCAGCCAUCUCUCCUGGCCCCGAGGGCCUCCAUCACUCCACCCUGGAGUACGACGUCCAGAACUCUUCCGUCAACCUGGACAGCUCCCUCAACCUCAGCACUGAUGCCAACAGCUCCCUCUUCUUCCUGCAGAACGCAGCUGGCGUGGGCCUCAAUGACUCCUUGGACCUCAGCAAGAAGCUACCGGAGGCUGCUGCUGGCCCAUCACCCAGCAGAGCAGGGACAAGCCCUCAUGAGAGUGGGGUGAUGGUAUCCAACUCCGGCGAUGCGGAGGAUGAAGACGACUCAUCCCAAGAUGAGGACGAGGAGGAGGAGGAGAUAAACGAGGAAGAGGAUGACGACGAUGAGGAUGACGAUGAUGACGAUGACGACGAAGACGAGGAGGAAGACCUGAAUACAGACUCUGAAGAGUCACUCCCCGACCCUGAAGGCUUGGCCACUAAAGAGGAUGGGGAAACAGGGGAGGCCUCUACUUCCAUAGACCACGGCGAUGCUUCCAGGCCUCUGGGCGAGCCAAACCCAGACCUCACGUCAGCCCCCACCCCUGCUCUGGACCCCACCCUUGCCCUGACCCCAACCCACACCCUCGCACCGGCAGCUUCUCCUUAACCUUAGAGACAGCAGCAGGUUUGGUUUUGCUCUUAAAUGAAAUUACUAAGAGGACCCCUUAUGAGGAGAGAACAAAGCACCGUGACGGUAAGCGACAAAACGAACUCAACACCGCACGCACGAGGCCCCACAGGCCAGACAUGGUCGCAUGGGGCCAGCGCACCAUCACUUCAUUCUGCGAUGACAGAAGAUAGGGCAGGACGCAGAGACAUAAAACCCUUCUAGAUGAACACUAGCUCUGAGGGUGACAUCUGCUCUCCUUUCCUCCCCUCAUUGUGGGGCGUGUGCCCAGUCUCGGGACCCCUUCUUUUGGGGUGGGCUUUUCCCCCUUCUUUUAUUUCUGGAUUUUAUUUUUCCAUGUUUUUAGUUGUAUGAUACUAAUAAUAAUCUCCACUCCUCGGAAGGGGGGUGCGGGGAUGACAGGUGAUGAAUUUUAGAAUUAUGUGGGUUUUUUUAAAGUGCGUGUAAGGAACUGGUGGCACAAAGGCAACUAGCUAAGCCUUUACCGGGGGGGAGGGGGGGAGUGUCUU